AUGGCAACCGCCAACAGCGCGAACCCUGAAUCCCUCGAGGUCCUGACCUCGAUGUUAAACCAGACACUGAUUGAGACUGGUCGGUUUUUUCGAUCCGGGGGCUCCUUGCAGUCGAGGGCCCAGCUGAAGCGUGCUAUCCCUGCAGCACAUGAACAGUUUCAAUGUGCUCUGGAUAAUCUCUCGGAACAGAUAUUUAUCGCGAAGGCAUUUCUGGAACGAGAUUACGAGGUAAUCAAAGCUAAAAAGGCUGCAUCUCGCCAUGUCGAGGAUGUCGUCAUGGAGGAGGCAGAGACUAAAGUCCCCGAAACUGUUGCUGCACCGGAGCAGGCAACUGAGGCAGUGCCUAGUGAGAGCCAGCAACGGCAGGUUGAUAACAGCAAUGCCCUGCCCCAGCAACCUGCGGCGAACCAAAACCGGCAGGAAAACUUUAGUGUUCCUGUGAAAGAAGAGAACCCUCCAGAUGAAACCGGUGCCCACCCUCAAGCAGUUAUGGGGACAGAGGAGAUCAACUUUGACUCAAUGCUGAAUACUCAGGGAGCCAAUGAGUUUGAUCUGAACCUCGACUUCGGGGACAACACCGAUACUGGGAACGAGAACUUUUUGUCCGGAUCGAAUUUCGGCAACCUCGGCACUGGCGCUGGCAUGGAGGGAGAAAACAUGGCGGAGAACGCUGCAUCUGGUCAAAAUAUGCAGACAGGAGGGGAUGCCUUUGACUUGGAACUGCAGAAAGCGGAGGUGUUUUCUGCUAACCCAGACGGACAGUUUGGGGCCAACAUGGAGGAUAUCAUGCCGGGGGAGUCUAGUUUUGACGACCUGUUCAUGGAGAACGAGAAUAUGGGGGGAGAUGGUGUCUUGGAUGGGGAUGGACUGAUGCAGAUUAACGAGCUUGACGACAACUGGUUUACUUGA